CAAAAUAAUCGUAAAAAUCGACAAUGCUUUUCCAAAACUGUAUAAAUGUGUGACGUGUGAUUGUGAUAAUUUAAUCCUAAAAAAUGACUAUCGCGGAAGUAACAAUCACCCAAGGCAAAUUACGCGGUACCACUUCUUGUGACAUAAACGGGGACACCUACUUCCGCUUUCAAGGCAUUCCAUACGCUAAGCCGCCUGUGGGGGUACUCAGAUUUAAGGCCCCCCAACCACCUGAAAACUGGACGGGUGUUUUGGAUGCCACCAAAGAAGGUGAUCCUUGCUAUGGUCGUCAUUUUUUCAAGAAGAAUUUAAUUGUGGGAAGCGAAAAUUGUUUGGUACUUAAUGUUUACACCAAAAACCUACGCACUGACACCAACCGUAUCACCCAACCUGUGCUUUUCUGGAUCCACGGUGGGGAUUUUGUGACUGGAAGUGGUACCAGUGAAAUGUACGGUCCUGACUAUCUAAUGAGCGAAAAUGUGGUACUUGUCACAAUUAAUUAUCGGUUGGGGAUGUUGGGGUUCCUAAGCUUUGAGGAUGUGUCUUUAGGAGUACCGGGUAAUGCUGGGUUCAAGGACAUGGUAAUGGCCUUGAAAUGGGUUCAGAAAAAUAUUAUAAUGUUUGGUGGCGAUCCACACAAUGUGACGAUUUUCGGGUCUGGGUCCGGUGCCAUGUCAGUGCAUCUUUUACACUUAUCGCCAAUCAGUAAAACCCUCUUUCAUAAAGCUAUAGCCCAGAGUGGUACCGUUUUGAGUUUGAGGGCCCGUGGUACUCUUGCCAUUUCACAAAUAGCUUCGAUUUUGAAAUUAAAGGAUGAGAGAAGUGUUUACAAGCACUUGAUGGCACUGAAAGUCGCCGAGAUUUACAAACUUCAAAAAACUUUACUUGAAACUUGUGGUCCAUUUGACCGCAAUCUUUUUGGUUACGUCGUUGAGAAAAAAUCAGACGAGCCCGCUUUCUUGAAGGAAGAUCCUUUCAAAAUCAUUGCUUCGGGCAAUUUUAACCAGGUACCACUAAUAUGUGGGUACGUUGCCAACGAAACCAUUGGUUCCGAACUCAAUCAAGGGCCAACCUUUGAGGAGAAAAUCAUCCCUUGGUUUUUUGGUUACGAGUUUGGUAGUCUAGAAAGCUACACGGUGGCCAAAGAAAUCAAAAGUUUUUAUUACGGGUCUGAGGAAACUCUACCAAGGGAUAAAACCAAAACUACGACUUUGAUUUCCGACGCCCAGACGGUUUUCGAAAUUCAAACAACCGUCAGAAAACAUUACGUUUUAUCCCGAGCCCCUACCUAUUUAUACCGAGUGUCCUUAAAGACUGCUUUGAAAAUACCGGGGCUUCCAGCCGAUGUCAACUACAUUUUCAAAAAUUUUGCCACAAGUAUCAAGCCUGGAACUAAAGAACACAAAGUGAUGAAGCGGUUCGUUCGGUUGUGGUGCAAUUUUGCCAAAUAUGCACACCCGACGCCUCGGAGAGACGACGCAUUGCUGAAUGUUAUUUGGAGGUUUGUUAGCAAUGACGACGAGUUAGAUUUUCUGGAUAUUGGUGACGAGUUGGUCGCUUCGGCCAAUCCCGACGCCCAGCGAAUGAAGUUCUGGAAAAAGUUGUUUAACAAGAGCCCAGCUAAUGGAAAACUAAUCCAAUAUAAACGCAUGACUUUCAUUCAAUCACACAAACCUAAAAUGGAACCCCUAGUCACAACAGUGCAAGGACAGUUAAAAGGUACCACUUCUCUUGAUUCGUCCGGAGAGAAGUACUACAAGUUUCAAGGCAUUCCGUUUGCUAAACCACCUGUGGGCCUUCUCCGAUUUAAGGCCCCUGAACCUCCCGAAAAAUGGACUGGGGUACUGGACGCCACAAAGGAAGGGAGCCCUUGUUACGCCCGCCACCCGUUUAACAAUAAAAUUGUCGGGAGUGAAGACUGCCUUUAUUUGAACGUUUACACGAAAAAAAUAGCAAGUAACAACUGUUCUUUGUCUCCUGUCCUGUUUUGGAUCCACGGAGGUGCGUUCUUGAACGGUUCCGGAGGAACGGAAAUGUACGGUCCCGAUUUCCUCAUCACUCAAGAUGUGGUCGUGGUAACGAUCAACUACCGACUAGGGAUUUUGGGCUUUUUGAGCCUUGAAAACCCCGAUUUGAAAGUACCAGGCAACGCCGGCUUGAAGGACAUAGUAAUGGCCUUGAAAUGGGUCCAAACCAACAUCAAAAACUUCGGUGGUGACCCUAAUAACGUCACCGUUUUUGGGCAAAGUGCGGGUGGAGUUGCCGUCCAUCUCCUGCUUUUGUCCCAAAUGAGUCGCGGGUUGUUCCACAAGGCUAUAGCCCAGAGCGGGUGUGCGUUUAGCCCUUGGGCACGUGGUACCACCGGUGUUAAAGAAUUGGCCCCGGUACUACACGUGGAAGAAGACGAAGAGAAGAUUUACGAGCGUUUGAUGAAACUACCAGUUGACGAAUUGUUCAAACUCCAGGAGAAAAUUGUCUCGUUUCUAAAUAUUUACGCAAGCAAACAUAGAGCCUUUGCCUACGUUGUGGAGAAGAUUUCGGAUGGUUUUCUAAGCGAGGAACCAAUUGAUAUUAUUUCGAAUGGAAAAUUCCAACAACUGCCUUUCAUGAUUGGGUACACGACUGCCGAAACUUGGGGCUUUGACUCGCUCAGGCCUGACGAUUGGCCAGGGGCGAAAAAUCUGGAAGACUCAAUCCCCUGGACUCUAGGAUUUAAAACUGGAAGCCCGGAAAGUCAAGUCAUGACGGAGAAAAUAAAAAAGUUCUAUUGCGGCGGACAUAUUCCGACCACCAUUAAAUUAGAGACAAAAAUUGCGAUCCACACCGAUGCAAAUUUCGUUUUCGGGGUUUAUAAAACGGCUCUAAGCCACUUCAGCAAGUCACAAGCCCCCACUUAUUUGUACAGGUUUUCGGCAGAGACUGAACUGAAUGUGAUGCGGCAAUUCUACAAGAUCAAAAUUCCAGGUGUGGUCCAUUGUGACGAUAUUGGUUAUCUGUUCAAAAACGUGGCUUCGCCUCGCAUCAAACCCGGUUCUAAGGAAGAAGUUUUGUUGAAAAAGGUCGUAAAGUUGUGGACGAAUUUUGCCAAAUUCGGCAAUCCCACACCUGACAACUCCUUGGGUGUUGUCUGGAAACCCGUUACUGACAAAGAAGUUGAUUAUUUGGACAUUGGCGAGAGUCUGACGCCGGCUAGAAACUCGAUUGAGCACAAGAGAGUACAAUUUUUGACAAAACUGUACGAGCGCAAGAACUCCUCGUCCCAUUUGUAAAAACAAACAAUAAACAAUGUAAUAAUUUAAUUAGAUAGAGAUAGCCGGUUCAAAAACCACCUCCACCUCCCUCUACUGCGCAUGUGUGAAAAUUGUGUCAGUCAGCCGCAGACGCAAGCGCGUAAUCGCAGCUCGCUGGCCUGCGACCAGCUGGUCAGCCGGCCUGCGGCCGACUGACGCCAUUUGUGAUGAUGCAAAUAUAUUUAUGUAGUAUAAUAAUAAUAAUAAUAAUAAUAAUCGUCGCCAUCUUGGAAGUUUGAAAGUCGGCGGCGGUCAUUUUUGUUUAAUGGUAAAUUGGCGCCAAAUUUAAAUUAUUUCAAAAUUAAUAUUUGAAAUUAGUCGGCCAUGUUUGUUUGUUAAAAAAAAUGGCGCCAAAAUUUUAAUUUAUUUAAAAAUUAAUAUUGGGUGUAAUGUUGGUAGCGCCGAUGUCGUCACAAAUUCCGCCUAAAUUCUCACGUUAGAUGGCGCCACGGUCUGCAAACUUUUCGCUAGAUGGCGCUGCCGUCAGCGCAGCCGUCAAUCAAAGAUGGCGCUGGCCUCCAUUUUUUUUUUUAAACACACCCCCCGCCCGUUUGCGAAUAUGCAACCAAGAAAACAAGUAGUAGUAGUAGUAGUAGUAGCUUUUUGGGGUUGUGAAAUUUUUGGUUUUUGGGGUUGUGAAAUUUUGAAUAUAUGAUUUUUGAAAUGUGCAAUUGUGAAUACAUGAAGUAUAUAUACAAUACAUGCUGUAUUGAGUUAAGCAAAAUAUCAGAAAAUCAUCGCGCUUGUCACUAAUAACUAAUAAAGGAAAGUCAUUAUUUUAUCGAUAAGGAAAAAAAACCUAGUAUAUGUAGUUUUUUAUUUUUGUAAUGUUGUUUGCCUAACUUGUCUGUUGCGCACCAAGUUUAUUUUGUUAUUUGUUUAAAAUAUAAUGCAAAAAAAGUUGUUGUUGUUGUUGUUCCUUCCAUGGGGAGUCGAACCUCAGGUAGGUAGAGUGGAUAGUGCUGUCUAUUUUGGAAACC